UUGGUCAGUUGUAAAUCUGGUUCCUGUUUUGAAUCGCUCCUGUUGUGUGUCUGUUUAUAUCAGCCGUGUGGAGAAGCAUGUAACUGUUCUGUCAGAAAACUCCUAAUAGUGACUCUUGCAGCGUCCCGAGGCUUUAGUCCCCAAACCAGUGAAAAAAAGAAUGUUUUAGCUUCGUGUCUGUUCAGCGGCGCCAUGUUUGCUCCCAGAGCCUCCGUCAGAAGUAAGAAGGUGACUUCGGGCAGGCUAACGGGAGCUAGCAAGGUACAAGCAGCACGGAGCAGAGGAUCUCCUAAAUCCAGAGUAGAACCUGCUUACUCCCUGUACUCCACUGACUCAGAAGACCAGGUGGCCACCCUCCACAAAGGUCUGGACCGAUGUGCUGCUCUCCUCAGUGACAUCCUCCAAUGUGACAAUCAAGAUGUGGUACAAAAGCAGGACAGAUCAGUGAAGGAUGCAGUGCUCAAAAUUCGACCUCACACUCCCGCUGGGAAGAAGGCCAUUAGGAGGUCGCUUUCCAAGUCAGUUCCAAACCCUCGGAGCGCACAGGUGAUCCGCCGGAAAUCCACAAACAAACCUGUCCUGACCACACCCCAGCACAGCCCUGCCCCUCCCCACAGUGGCGUCAAGCUCCACCCCCCAAUGAGGAAAGCCAACCUGCUUAAGACGCCGUCCAAAACAGCAAAGCCCCAGCCUCUGCGCUCACCUGUGCCCCCCGCUGAGACCCACACCGGGCUGGACUGUGUUCCAGAGAGGGACUGGGGGCCAGUGGGGGUAGGGGAGGGGGAGGAGGGCAAAAUGACAAGAGUGAAGUGUCUGCUGGGAGAACUGAAAACGCUGAUGGUUGGACAUGGAGACUCUGCUCAGACAUAUUUGCAUUUGCUGGAGCAGACUGUGUCCUCUGCGCUCAGCUCCGAAAACAUCAAAAACCAGGACCCCAGUACAAGUCAGAACCAAGACCCAAGUACCAACAAGGGCCAGACUGAUAGUACACAGGUCCAGCUAGAGAGACAGGUGAAAUCUUUGAACCAGCAACUUCAGGACCAAGAGGCAACACAGCAGCUCCUAAACUCACAAGUGCUGAGUUUACAGGGAGAGCUGAGUGCGGCAGAGAAGGAGCUGUCUCGAGUGCGAACAAGCCUCCAGGAGACUGAGAGCAGGUUACAGAGCAGAGAGGAGGAGAGCGUCAGCCUUAAAACAGAGUUGGAGAGCACCAGGGGAAGGCUGAGAGCAACUCUACAGGACAAGUUUAAACUGGAGGCAAUGCUACAGCAGAAACAGCAGGAGAUCGAGACUCUCCAGAGAAUAAUCGACAGUUUCGAUGCGAUGACCCCCACGCCUGACAACCAGCCUGCGUCUCCACCAGGGCCCGCCAGAGAGCACAUCACCCAGUACCUCCUGUCACUGCAGUCGAGCUGUCAGCCACAGCUCCCCUGCCCUUCGGGUUCGCACCAGGGGCUGAACCAGGGGCCCGAGCACGACGUGGACUCUGUGAUUAGCGACUGGAGCAGCCAGUCAGAUUCCAGCUUCAACACGCGAGACGAGGCUGUGUUCAGGGACGGGCUGGCCGCUCUGGACGCCAGCAUCGCCAGUCUACAGCAGACACUCAAAAUGGACCUGAUCAACACAUAACAGUGCCACAGACUUUUGAUGAAAUGUUUUAUCCAGAUAUUUGAUAUUAAUGGUUAAAGGUGCACUGUGGAACUAUUGCGGUGAGGGGUCCACUGCCACUGUCCAUGAAGAUGUUAUUGCAUUAUAUAAAGAGUUUCCAUGCUUGAUACUAAACUUCUCUAACAUGCUUUCCUUUUAUCAUGGGUGUUUUAAAACAUACUCCUUUGUGAGCAAGGUCACUUCUCCACAGAUGUGACCUUUUAAUGCCAUACACUGGAAUACUCGAGGCAAAAUAAUCAAAUCUCCAUGCUGACAAGCAGGUGACAGGCCCUCCUCCAGAAAUGUACACAGUGCACAUUUUAAAGAGCUAUAGUGAAUAUUGUCAGAUUAUGGUUUAUACAUGAGUGUAU